AUGUUCUAAACAAUUCAGUAUUUGUUACCAUUUCUAGACCGACAAGAUGAGUACAUUCCAGCCAAAAUAGAAAUUAAUAGAUUAACAGAAUUGGAAGCAGUAUAAAUAUGACUAUCUAUUUAUUAGUGUAUGAAGAAAUUAAAAAUUAUUCAAACAAAUAACGAAAUUUAUACCAAAUAAAUUCAACGUAGAUAAUCAAUCGAUAGAUAUAAGUAAAAAAAACGAUUUGGGAAUGCGUUAUAGAUAUAUUAAAUUCGCAAAAUUAUUGCUGAAAGGAGAUUAAGAAUAAAUGGGUAAUUUUUAACAUAAAGCGAAUCGGAGAAGAUCAUGUUAGCUAGGAAUAUUCUAGGAAUAAAAUAAGUUCAAAUAAAAAACAAUAAUGUGAAAAUCAAAACUUCAAAUGAAAACCGAAAAGAAAACCUUAUUAAAUUUAUUGAAAAAUUUAUGCCUAAUUAAAUUUUAUAGAAAAUAUAGAAUAAAUAAAGAAUAUUCAAAAUUAAAUGA